GUUGUCCUGUUUCAUGGACUAUAUAAAGACAUAUUUACACACACUUUGUGAGGUUUUGCUAGUAUUUUGUUGCAUUCAACUUAUAUUGGAAGUGGGAAGUCUGUGCUUGGAAUUAUAUCAUUUUCAACCUCCAUGCAUUUGAGCUGCAAAUUGGGAACAAACCAUGGAUGCCUCUAUGCUGGCCAGCUAACUGUGAUGAGUGAUUUAUAUUUUCCUCCUCAAGACAGCUAAUGAUGGAAAUACAGCCCACUUCCCAGAGAGAGGGAGAGCGAGAGAGAGAGAGUAGCACAAAUAACUUGUUAGUCUGUAGUGGCACUACUAAAGACAGGAUGGGAGCAAGCAGGCUGCCUUGGAAAGUCAUCAUCAUCUCCCUGUUUUAUUCCUUAUGUGCAGCUCAUCACAGGUAUAAAGGUCUUUACCCUUCGGCAUUCAGGGUGAAGAGAGGUGUGGCACUACUGGUGAACCCCAUAUUUCAAAACUCUGUAAAGGAUGUCGAUUUGCUAUAUGAAAUUCUGCUGAAUGGACUGCAGUUUGAAGAUGAACUCGGUCAGUUUUCAGUUCGUGACAAAGAACUAGCAUCGCUACGUAAGACACACAAGUUAGAAGUCAUCUGUGAGGACAUUAUUCCCAAGACGGUGCCCCAGGUGCGUCGACUGACCUUUGCUCUGGCCCAAGACAUGGGUGUUCUUAGGACGGAAGACUUUGAGCGCACAGUGCUGACAUUGGUGUACACGGCUAAUAAAAUAGCUCAGGCCAGCACAGCACACCAGAAAGAUGCUUGGGCAGAGUGCUUUAUCAGCCUAUACGAAGCCAUAAAACACGACUUAACCAUCAGAUAAAGGAACCAUCAGAUAGAGGAACCAUCAACACGUCAGAUCGGCAGAAAAACAGCAUAACCUCUGGUAGCUUUGAUAUACAAAUAUACAUAUACACACACAUACAUGCAUGCAUGCAUACAUACAUACAAACAUACAUACAUAACGCGCAUAUAUAUCGCUCAUGUCUAUCACUCAUGUCUAUCGCUCAUAUAUAUGAAACUUGUUGGAACUUUAGUAUGCAGUUAGAAUCAUGCAGUUAGAAAUUUGAAUUGAAAUUCAGUUUCAGAAUUUCACACUUAAGGGUGAAAUGACCGUUUGAAAUGCAAAAUGAAGAUUCAUUUGAAACAGGGAAAAGGGUUUCUGU